AAAAAAAAAAAAAAAGGCCUAAAAACAAAAAGCCUAGAAGGGUUGGGCUAUUGGCUACUUGGCUUCACUAGUUGCAGCACUUGUGGUGAUCAAGGCUAAUAAGGCGUGGUAGAAGGAGUCAGGGUGGGUACGGUUUUGGUGUGGGAUUUUUACCUGCCCACUCCGUUUUAACUAUUUCCAAUGUAAUGCUACUAAUUCAUCAGCUCUUUUUCAGUCAGUCAAGCCACCCUACCCCACAGUGCCUCCUUGUUCUUAGUAGCUCAGUCCCCAACAAGGCCACCACCCCAAAAGAUAAUUCCAAUAAAUUCUUGCAUGCUUCUUCUUCUCCUCCUCCUCCUCACUCCUCAUAAAUCAUCAGAAUCAGAUUCUUUCUUUUCUGUUUUAGUAUUAACUCUUCUUCUGAAGACAAAUUCUCAUUCCUCAACUUCAUUUGUUUUAUUGUCUCAUCAUAUCUUCUUCCAUCAUCCUGUAUUAUUUUGAGUUGCAAUUUUCUAAAACACCAGGUAGGUGGGGCUGCUCACCUUCCUUUUGUCAGGAUUCUCUCUGUCACUCCUUUUCUAGUCCCACACAAAGGACUGACAUCAAACCAAAAAAAGCCAAACUAUCCAACCAUAAAUCCACUCCCUUUCACAGAGCCGUAGUUUUUCUCUUCAGGGAUUCUGCUGAAUCCUGUCAUUAUUUAUCACUCUGAGGAAGGAAUUCCUGGUUCCAUACUUUGUUUCUUCUAAUUUGUUGUCUUUUGCAGAGAGAGAGAUUUUACCCAGAUGAAGACAAUCAUGGCUAAGAAUCCGAAUGACUCUUUCUCAUUCUCCAGGAGGUAUUUCAACUUCAAGAAAAAAGUUGAGGAUGAACUGGAUGACGACAUGGAAGAGAUUCUGAGGACUUCAUCUCUUGGUUGCGAGGAAGAAUUAAAACUCGAUCUCGAUCUCAGCCUCUCAAUCCACACCCUUCCCAUCAAACCACCCAAGAAACACUCUUCCCCUGUUUCCAGACUCAUAAAAUCUGCUUUCUCAUUCGGAACCAAAUCCGGCAACCGGGCUCGAUUUUCCGGGUUAGGAACCAAAGUCGUAGGAACCCUUUUCGGGUACCGGCGCGGCCACGUGCAUUUCGCUUUCCAAGAAGAUCCCAAGCUGAAUCCGGCCUUCUUGGUGGAGCUUGCAACUCCGACCAGCAUCCUGGUCCGGGAAAUGGCUUCCGGGUUGGUCCGGAUCGCCCUGGAAUGUGACCGGAAACCGAAUGAGAAAAAGAGCAGCUCGAAGCCUCUGCUUGAAGAACCCAUCUGGAGGACUUAUUGCAAUGGAAGGAAAUGCGGUUACGCGACGAGGCGUGAAUGCGGAGCUGAUGAAUGGAAGGUUCUGAAUGCUGUGGGUCCGAUAACAAUGGGGGCGGGUGUUCUGCCCGGGGCUCCGGAUGGAGAUGGAGCAGAGGGAGAGCUGAUGUAUAUGAGGGCUAAGUUUGAGAGAGUUGUUGGGUCUAGAGAUUCUGAAGCAUUUUACAUGAUGAAUCCUGAUGGUCAUGGAGGACCUGAACUUAGCAUUUAUUUGCUCAGAGUUUAAUCAUAUCAUAUCUUGUGGGUUUUUUUUUUUUCCUCUUUGGGGGGAGCAAGAGCAAGUCUGUAUUGAUGAAAGUAUCUUAAUUAAUUUGCUCCAUCUUGUGUAUGUAAGUUUAUGUUAAGCUUGAAGUUGAAGAGAACCUAUCAUAAAUGGAAUUAUGAGCUAUUUUGUCAGUUAAAAAUGUUCUUCGUCUAUCCUGAUGAUUGCUGAUCGUUAUGUGCUCGGCCUAGCUUCUUUUUUUUUUUUUUUUUUUUUUUUU